AUACCCUUCAAUUGUCUCUUCUUCCCUUCUCUUUGCUUUUCCCUCUUGGUGGACUUAUCGAUAUUCAAUAUUCCCCAUUCGACUACGAACGGAUACAUCUCACCGAAUCUGCGACGAUAUAACUGCAUCCGUACCUUGACUUUUUCUGCCUCCCCAAAGCGCCGCGCUGCUACGAAUAAGAGUUCCAAACCACCCCGUGCGAACACUCUAUUUUUCCCAGAUAUAAUAGCCCGACAUAUGAUCGUGCGCGGCCACCCACCACUCGCAUUUCAUCCCCCCUCCUGGCGAACCUUUGGCACCUCGACGUCACACCUUUCAAACUCUCUAGCCCCCCCGCCGCGCUAAAGUAGCCUUUCCUUUCCUCACGCGGGGACUUUGCAACGCCUCGAGCACAACCUAAAAAGAAGCUUGAUCUAUAUCCCCCGCCACCUCUCACGCCUAAGUCGAUCGCCCAUCUCAGCAAUCGAUUUUCCCGCGGAAAUUCACCGAGGAGUACGAACGACCUCCCAGCUUCAUCCUCACCGCGCAGCCGAGAAGAGCGUUUAGAAGGAACAAUACACCUAAUCCCCUUCCCUCAAGCCAUGAGCGCGACAAUGACAAUGACCGCCGCGCACCCGCCGCUAACACCGCCAACCCUCUCCCUCUCAACCGACCGCUCAGAGCAACAUUCAUGCCCCUCCUGCGGCGUCGUUCUCGAAGCGCCCCCCGCCCUCCUCGAAGCUCAGUCUCGCAUCGCCGACCUCGAAGCCCAGGUCCGCCUCCUCAACCAAAAGGCAGCCGCCGCCGUCGACCGCUGGGCCGACUACGAAGACGAGCUCACACGUCUGCGCAUCGCCGCCUCACACCGACCCUCCACCCCCGCUGCCUCUCCCGGCCUCGCCCCCGCGCUGCCUCUCGCUCCCAGUCCCUCGCCCACCCGCACCAGUUUUCUGAGCGGCGGCGCGAAUAGGUUGUCGCAACUUCUCAGCCCGCGGGGCAUGAAGUCCUCGCCGAACCUGCGCACGCCGUCGCCACCGCCUGACGGCCCAGCAUCGACGGAGGAUCUGCGGGAGGCACUGGGGAGGGAGCAGAAGAUGAGGAUGGCGGCGGAGAGCAGGCUGAGCACGACGAGCCAGGAGGUGGAGGAGCUGAGCGUCAGUCUCUUUGAGCAGGCCAACGAGAUGGUUGCGACGGAGCGGCGGGCGCGGGCGAAGCUCGAGGAGAGGGUCGAGACGCUGGAGAAGCGGGACAAGGAUAAGUUGAGGCGGCUGGAUCGGCUCGAGGGCGCCGUGGGCCGGAUCGAGAGGGUGAGGUCGCUGUUGGGGGAGAUGAAUGCUAGGGACGAGAGUGUGAGGGAGGCGGCGGAGCAAAAGAGGGCUUCGCAGCCGUGACGGGAAGAGCCUGCUGGACUUUGGGAAUCAUGAUGGAGUAGGAAUGUACGAUGCAUAGCGGUGCGAUAUUCACGGGACUUUUUAAUGACGAUACGACACGAAUUACAUACUGGGCGGGAGAUACUGGGUAAAUUUAACGAAUCAUCAUGGACUAGGAAAAAAAUCCUGCCGAGGAGGAAGGAGCAAAGCCGAAGUCCGCCCACAGGAAUCGAACCUGUGAGCUA